AUGUUAUUGAUUAAAUAUAAUAGUUAUUCGAUGUAUCGAUUUCGAUAUUUUUUAUCAUCAUAUCAGAACAACAACAAAACAUAUUCGAUUUCAUCAUCUGUAACAUUAAACUCAAGAAUGAAGAAACUAAUCGAUUCCAAACAAUAUAAAGAAGCUCUAGAUCUUUUCGAUCAACAAACUGAAAUAUGUAAUAAUUUUACUAUUGAUAUGGCAAUAAAAGCAUGUACAAUAUUGAAUGAUUACAAACGUGGUAUUACUAUUCAACAAAAGCUUUCAUCAAAUUCAUUGAAUAAUCCUUAUAUUCAAACAUCAUUAAUUCACUUUUAUAGUAAGUUAUUCAUUUUAUCAAUCAGAACAUGAUUGUAUAAUACUAAAAAUAUAUGAAUACUUCGAUGAAUCAACACACUUAUCUUUAGCAAAAAAAAUCCUUUUUCAUUUUUUAUCUUUUCUGUGUAACAUUAGACUUGGAUAAUUAUAGAUUUCAUUUAUACAAAUCGAAGCUCGUCAAUAUCUCAAAUCAGUACAACAAACUCACUGUUUUUUUUGUUCUACACAAAAUAAUAUCCUUUCAUAUUCUUCUUUUAAAUUAAAGUAUUAAGAUUGAGUCACUAAAAGUAUGCCAACAGUUUCAACAAAAAGGCCAUCAUAUACUAAACGGUUAAUGGUACUCACUAUUUACAUAUAUCGG